AUGGUGCUCUUGGCAGCCCUCAGCCCUGGGAUGGCUAGACAAGCCCCAACCGCCAGUUUACGGCACUUCAUUGGCUGUGCAGUGCGCGAGUUCACCUUCCUGGCUAAGAAACCUGGCUGUGGGGGCUUGCACAUCACCACUGAUGCCUGCUGGGGGCGCUGUGAAACCUGGGAGAAGCCAGUUCUGGACCCCCCAUUCAUCGAAUCACACCAGCGUGUGUGCACCUACAAUCAGACCCGCCUGGUGACCAUCAAACUCCCCAACUGCUCCGCUAAGGUGGACCCCUUUUACGUAUAUCCUGUGGCCCUGAGAUGCGACUGCGGCGUAUGUGUCACCAGGACCACCGAAUGCAUCACCGCCAUCUGAAGACGUCGCUUCUCUCUGUGCCUCACUGCUCAGCGCUGUCACCGUCAGUCAGGUCCAUUCUGGCGAAGACAGGCAGUUAUGACUCUAUCCUACUAAAAACACUGGCAUUUUUCUCAAAGGGCUCAUAGAUGGUGUCAAGAGAACCAGGGCUUCAAACCUGCCAUAUGUCACAGCCUCCUGAAAUCCAACUGACUUCAAGAAAGUAAACAAUGGGAAGUAAUUUGAACCAGGAAGCUACUGAGAGCUCAUGGGAGUUUUACUUACACAAAAAUGUUCUGAGGGCCAAACAAAAAAAUUAUUGGUUCAGAGAGAUAACCAAUCAUAUUGUGGAGGUGGGUCCAAGCAACUAGAAGAGGCAGGACCAACCAAUCAGAUGUCAGGUGCCAUUUCUCCUAGUUGCUUGGACCCACCUCCUGUACAAUCUGAUUGGUUACCUCUCUAAACCAAUCAUUUUUCGUUCUGCCCUCAGAACAUUUUUGUGUACGUAAAACUCCCACAAGCUUACUGAGAGCACACGAUGAUCCACUUAUGUGUUAUUAAGCCUUGUUUCUCCAUCACUGCCUCACAUGUCAGUUUUCUCUUUAUGAUUCUGCUUUCUGAUCUAUCUACUGUACUGUAUCUUUUUCUCUGCUACCGAAAGCUGUAAAACGAGCAAAUGUGCAUGAGCAAAGAGCUUGGAAAUGCACAUAAAAUAUAU